AUGAAGAAAAACUCAGUGGGCAAGAGUGCCGUUUCGAAGGGGUUCAGAGGAGGACAGUAUCGGAAUGAGUAUUUCGCUGCAUUUGCUGCGACCUCAUCAUUGGUAGCCUCGGUGGCUUGUGCCGGUUGGUCUUCACCAGCUCUUCCGGCACUUCGUGGACCAAACUCACCCGUUCCCGUGUCUCCAGAUGAAGGGUCCUGGAUAGUGUCGCUCCUGUCGAUCGGAUCUCUGUUUGGACCCGUCAUCUGUGGCCUUUUCGUCGAUCGCUUCGGAAGGCGAAAGGUGCUGCUCAGCAGUGCGCUACCAAUCGCGGCUGGAUGGCUGAUGAUUGCGUUUGCCCAGUCCGUCGGAAUGUUAUAUGCUGCCCGAUUGUUACACGGCAUUGGCUACGGUCUUGCAUACUCCGUGACGCCAAUCUACCUCGGGGAAAUAUCUUCUGAUGCCAUCCGUGGGUCAACGGGUGUGCUCGUUACGGUGAUGGCCAAACUGGCCUUCUUGUUCGAGUACGUUGUUGGUCCGUACGUUGGAUUCCGUGCGCUGGCCUGGAUUUCGCUCGCACUUCCGGUUGUGUUUUGUGUAGUGUUUUUCUGGAUGCCCGAGACGCCAUAUUUUCUACUCACACAGGGAAACGAACGUGCCGCACGGGAAAGUCUCCAGUGGUUACGUCGGUCGGACGGCGUUCAAGUUGAGGAGGAACUUUGCCGGAUGAGCAAACUCCUGCUGGAUAGCAAACGUGAGGGUAAUCCACUGAAUCAACUGUUGUGCGCAUCAUCUAAUAGGAAAAGUCUGGCAAUCAUCCUACUCCUCUCGCUCGGCAUGCAGCUGACCGGAAUCAACGCCAUCCUUGGAUAUUCGCAGACCAUUUUCUCCCGACUUGCGCUUCCUCUCAGUGCCGCCGAAUUGUCGAUCGUUCUCGCCCUCGUUCAACUUGCAUCUGUACUUUUACCCACAUUCCUAGUCGAUCGAGCUGGCCGGCGACCUCUUCUUCUUUUCUCAACGGCCGGAUCCAUGCUCGGAUUGAUCACCUGUGCCAUUUAUUUCACCCUGGACGAGACCACCUCCGACGUGCUCUCGACGGAACCGGGAGCGGCCCACGGUUGGGUACCAUUCGCUGGAGUGCUACUUUUUAUCAUCUCCUUCGCCAUCGGGUUGGCUACAGUGCCGUUUGCCAUUCUGGGUGAAGUAUUUCCGAAGCACAUCAAGGCGGCAGCAAAUGCAGUGUUUGCCGUCAUCUCUUCGGUGGUCGUGUUCUCCGUGGUCAAGCUGUUCCAAGUCAUCUCCGACGGGGCUGGAACGUACGUAUCGUUCUGGAUUUUUACUGUCUGCACGACCGUGACGGGGGUUUUGAUAUAUUUCAUAAUCCCCGAAACGAAGGGACAAUCGUUUGAGCGUAUUCAGGAGAUAAUGCAGCACGGUAGAACGAACAUAAUGCCGGAUGAGCGGAUCAAGAAACGCCCUCUUCUUUGUUAA